AUGCAGUCCGUGCACAGGCAAUUUGGGAAGCUCAUGAAGAGGUCCGCCGAUGAGAGUCAGGUCUCGGUGCUGCUCAAGGAUUUCGACCAAGCGGACAAGCUGCUGACCCGAAUUAUCGAUUCGACUAAAGCCUGGCGCGACGCCUGGUCGGCCAUCUUGACGUAUCAAAGUCGCCUCGUGCACGAAUUCGAAUGCCUCUAUGCCCCCAUCAUCGGCUCGUCCGAUCCUGCAUCCAACCGCCCGGGCGUCCCUACUCCACCGGAAACCCUGGCCAGGACCAACAAGCUCUACGAAGAGUACGAAGACUUACGCAGGGACCUGCUCGACGAGGUCAAUGCGGUCGACGACCGCAUGAUUCGACCUGCCCAGCAGGCGAAGGACCUUCUGGCCCCAAUGAAGAAAACCAUCAAGAAACGUGAAGAUAAAAAGCUGGACUUUGAGCACUUCCAAGGCCGAGUCGAUAAUUCUCGGAAGAAGACGAAGCGGUCAGACCGCGACAAUGCAGUCCUGGCGAAGGCGGAGAUGGAUCUGGCCAAAGCGAAAGAGGAAUACAACGCCGCGGAUGAACAUCUCCGUCAGCACCUGCCACAGCUGAUCACGGCCAUUUUCUCAAUUCUGCCCCAUCUUCUGGCCGCCCAGAUCGAGAUCCAGAACACUCUUCUGGGGCAUUACUAUACCGUCCUUCACAACUACUGUGAGCAGGAGCACUUCCCGUCCCUGUCGCCUCCGAUGGAGCAGGUCAUUCAGAGCUGGGAGGCCGAUUUCCUCCCAAUCCAGCAAGAGGCCGAGAGUCUGGGGUGCAUCGCGAACGGGAAGGCCGUUCGACAGCCGAUGAGCGGCGGCGAUCGUCGAAACGGAGGCCGUACGAAUGGACACAGCGCGCGACAUCCGAGCAGCCAGCGUCAGGUCUCCGGCUCUUCCCCAGGUCGCAGCCUUCCUCCUCCAGCGCCAGUGCUGGAGACGAAGCCCCGCCUCAGUGGUGACCUUCGAACACCGUCGCCUCACGCCAGUCCACGGAUCCCAACACCCAUAUCGAACGUCUCCGUUGUCUCCGAGUCGUCGUUCUCGUCUGCGUCGUCAUCGCUCAACGUUCCGGAUUCCUACAGUUCUCCACUACCAGGGGGCUACUCACCCGCCGGUCCUCGCAGCGACCAUUUCAGCCGCGAGAGACAGCAAACCUCCUUCACUGCCGCCACAAGCUUGCCUGGUUCAGGCUCAGGUGGCAUAACUUCCUCUGACCGUUUAGAUUUAUUAGAAACAAAGAAGAAAAAGCCCCCACCACCCCCUCCUCCCAGACCCAACCCCGCUGCCCCCCAGGCAAUCUAUGUGACAGCCCUGUACGACUUCGGCGGCCAGGGACCGGGCGAUCUCGCCUUCCGCGAGGGCGAUCGGAUCCGCGUGCUCAAGAAGACCGACAGCACGGACGACUGGUGGGAAGGCGAGCUGCGUGGUGUCCGGGGCAGUUUUCCGGCGAAUUACUGCCAAUGA